AUGGACUUUUACUACAACAUAGUCUCCUCGUCCCCCGCGGCUGGUUACGACGGUCCCGAUUUCGUGGCCGCCAACGACGAUUCGAAUUACGAAUCAGACACACACACAUACCAAGAAACUCUAAUCAGUAUCCCUGACAGCACCCAGAGUGAAGAAGAAUCCGAGGGUGGACUUUUUGUUGAGCAGGAGCGCAGCAUUUCGCCGGCCUCUGCUAUCACUGUCGCUUCCCUCUCCGCCUCCGCCUCCACCUCUGAGCAAGAAGAUAGCUCCAGCGAGAUUAGCUCCUCGUCGCCAGCAUCAGAAUCAUCUUCGGAAGCAGAAUCAGACCGCGAUUACUUUUUCGACAACGAGAGGGCAGACGUUGACUGGGAGCAGGCGUUGGAGAGAGAGCUAGAAGCACAGCCUGAUGACCACAGUAUCGGCGGCGAUAGCGAAGGAACAGUACACCAGCCAGACCCGGAUGCACUGCAUCCACGUCUCAACGAGCAUAGACACCCGUUCCUCCUUGAAGAAGACCUCCACGGGCAACCAGGCCGAAUCGAAGUAGAAGAUUACGACGUUGACGAAAACGAAGACGAAGACGACCUUGAUGCUUUCGAGGAAGGCUUGGUGGACCUGGCAGUAGUGAGACUUCACGUCGAAGAGGAAGAGGAAGGCGACGGCGGCGACGACGACGACGACGAGGUCGACAAUCUUCAAGCGGAGGCCCGGAACAGCUUUGCGCAACAAUUCCCGCAUCACCACCACCAUCACCGCCAUCAUCACCACCAUCAUCACCACCAUUUGCAUCAUCACCACGCCCAGCAGCGCCCCUCGACUCUCCGCUUCUCGAGUCUCCUAGACGUACGAAAUCUAGGCCCACGAAGUGCAUCACCUGCACAGUUGGAAUCCCCCCAUCGAAUGCCUGGAAUGGCGGACGAAUUAAUAGGCGUUGAGCUGGGGGGCGGAGGCGGUAUGGGUCGAAACUCGCGGGCUCGCGCAUCCCAAAACCAACCGCGCAGGGCAGAGCCAAAUGUGAUAGACCUGACGCUGGAGGAUGAUGACGAGUUAGAGCUGCUUGGGGAAUCUGUUGGAGAAUCGCAAAAUGCCAGGCGGCAACAAUCUCAGCGCCGGAGCAAUGCCCCCCGUCUGAAUCGAAGCGAUGGAAGUUACGUCGGAAACCAAAAUGUCAUUGAGUUAAGUUCCGACGAUGAAAAUGACAAUACCGUAGCUGCCACUCGUGCCCGACGUGCACCACCUGCACAUUUACACCACAACAACCAUCAAAAUCGAAACCGACACCAGCACCAACACCAACACCAGCACAACAACUUCCACCGAAUCAACAUUGGUGCAAUACCAGCAAUGGCGGCUAGGAACCACAACGAGCGUUUUGCCCAAUUCUUGAUGGGAAUCGGUGGAGAUGUCAACAAUGCUGCCAACGAUCAUAAUGUCUUGGGGAUGAAUGUGCGUCCUCCAGGCUUUCCACCUAAUCUACACCUCGAUUACCAAGCGGUUGCCUUUGCUGCCCAGCCGCGACCGGCCCCUCAACCUGCCGCUGGGCCUAGAAAGCCUGAUCAUGAUCCGCCCUCCAAGCCGAGAGAUGGCUUCACACGCGACACUAAUGAGGACAAUGUGGUCAUCUGUCCUAGCUGCGACGAAGAGCUUGCAUUCGACCCCGAUGGUGGUGAUGAGAAUGGACCGCCCACGAAGCGAGCCAGAAACAAGAAAGACCAGGCAGAGCAUCACUUCUGGGCCAUCAAGGAAUGUGGUCAUGUCUUUUGCAGGCGAUGCUAUGAGAACCGCAAGCCGACUGCGAAGAACCCAGUCAAGGUCGGUUUCAAGGCCUGCCCUAGCAAUGGCAAAAGAAUCAUUUGUGCCGUCGACAACUGCACCUCUGACGUUACUACCAAGACUUCUUGGGUUGGACUAUUUUUGUAA